UAAUACUGUAUGCUUUUUUAUAUACAUCGCUAGUAGAAAGUAUGAAAGAAAAUCUAUCCAGAUUACUGUUCGUGCUGUUGACCUUUCUUCUGCACACAUUGUGUGAUGAGGAUGGUUUGGUUGUUCUAAAUGACGACAACUUUGAGCAUCUAACACAAGCUGCAACUGGAGCAACAACAGGUGAUUGGUUGGUUUUCAUGGUAAAGAGUGGAAAAUGCAAAGAAUGUGAGCACAUUGAGCAAGAAUUAAAAACAGUAGCUGUAGAAUUUAGAAAUCGAUUGAAUGUUGCUAAAUUAGAUCCUGAAAAUUCAAGAUUGACGUUAAGAAGAUUUAAGAUUCAAAAGAAACCCACGAUUUUGUUCUUCCGUCUUGGUUAUCAAUGGAGAUACACCAAACGUAUAUCAUCUCAAGACAUAAGCAGAUUUGUUAGUGAAGGAUACACUAGAGAAAAUGCAUACCCAGUGGCGAAACAAUUGGACAGAUUCGAUGUAUGGCAAGAAGAUUACGUGAAGGAAAUGAAGGCUGCAUGGAAAGCACGUCGUCUACCAGAACGUAGCGCCUUGCUUGUCACUCUGGCUGGCUUGGUUGUUGGUCUUGUUUUGUUAAGCUGUAUGCUACCGUCCAAAACAAAGCAGACAGAAGAUAAAAUUAAGAAAAAACGAAGAUAAAUAUACUCUAUAUAUAUAAUAUGUAGCAGCGUCUUAUUGUUUGUAUUUUUAUCAUCUUAAAAAAUUUGAAGUAUUGGCUACAUUUGAA